AUGUACCUCCCGGGCCAGCAAUUGGUGUCGUGGUCUAAGACCGGUUUGAUUGCCUAUGGAGACUCAAAGUCACCAGAAGGGAACUUCUGCGUAACCUUUCUAGAGACUGUGAAUGGCACCAACUGGAGGUUUCACCCGCCUAAGAGGUACAUUAUACAUCCUCAACUGCACGAGGUGCCUGCAAGUGGUAUUGGAAAUGCACUGACACAAACCGGUAACUCACUUAAUGGCUCUGGGAGCACUCCUAAUGUGGCCGCGCUGAACAAUGACAAGCAUGCUCAUCAAUUCUUUUACAAUAUUUCUUCUGUACACUGGAAUAACUGGUUCAGCUUACCAGGGGAUAUGCUCGCAGUUUGCGAUGAGAUAGGUAAUAUGACGAUGUUAAUCUCAGGUCAGAGCCCGGAGGGUCCAUCCACGAUCGAUAAACUAACCAUGCUCUUCCAAGACAACGUCUACAAGAUUUACAAUCAUGUCAUGCCUUUAAACACCGUGUCAAAUUCAUCUCCAAAGGGUAAGUUAGAGAGAAAGCAGACCAAGAAAGAAUAUCAUACCACCAUAUUGGAUUUCCAUUGGUUAAGCUCUUCUAAGCCAGUUAUUAUAUCUCAGUUCUGUGCGUUUGAUAGCUCAGCCAAUGUUUAUAGGAAUAAAGCACAGCCAAUUCCUCCAUUUAGUGUCUUCCAUCCGCCCUUCAUGAAAUAUGCCUGCGUAGCUGUACGAAAGAAUGGUCAAAUAGACUUUUGGUAUCAAUUCUCGAAUUCUAAAGAUCAUAAAAAAAUCACUUCACAACUCAUGACCAGCCAGGACCAACGUACCAAAGAAUUCGAUUGGCUCUUAUUUGCCAAGGUAACUCCAAUUAAUGAUGACCAAAGUAUGCUGAUAACCACUUAUUCCCAGUUGUCAAAAAGACUUACUUUUUUCAAGCUACAUAUGAGCUGGAAUGUUAAUACUGCCAACCCAACACUUCUGAACGAUCCAUCAUUGAAAAUUUCCCACAUUUUCGAGACUACCUUAGAUGCCGUUGACGAGGAAGGCUACGUACUUGAUCUCGCACAUCUUCAUGUCUUGUCUAAAUCACCACUGGAAAAAAAUGCAUCACCAGAGAUACUGCUGGUCUACGAUGUUUGCGGGACGAACAAAUCGCUUGUCAGGCGAUUUAGACUAACAAAAACGCUAUUGAACAACAAUUUCAUUAGCAUAUUGAGGCCAAAUCGUCCUGCAGAUACGGCUAAGCAGCCAACAAUAUCCAAGCGCUACAAUCUUCAUUAUGUUGACAAGCUCUUGCUUGAGAAUAAGAUUGUCUCGGUAACAUCAGAGAUGCUGGAUGGCUUCACCACCUUUUACGCAGAAGACGGAUCUGUCACGUCUUAUAAUCCGAGUGACUGGAAAUCGGAAAGUGAGAGGUUGCCAACUCAAAGCCAAGAAGCUAAAUUUCGCGAUAUUAUCACGUCAAUCUUGAGUACCGGGUUCAAGUAUCCCAAAAUACCUCCAGCAUGUGCAGUUGAAUGGAUGCAGGUAUCCCCCGCUAUGUGCGGUGUCAUCUUCAAACUGAAUAAAUGUGACACUCCAAAAUUUUACUCUAUCUUUGGGGAGGAAUACAAGGAUCCAACAAAGGACAACAUUCAUGCUGCUGCUUUUGCCUUCGGAUUUGUUGCUAGCAUACAUCGCCAGCUAUCAUCCGAAGAUUUAACAAUUGCAUGCAAAUCUCAUGUCUUAAAGAUUGCUAAAGCUGAUGAGAAUAGAGCUAAAGAAUUUAUCACUAAUCUAAUGGCCUCUGUCUACUCAUUCUUCAAUGUUUCGCCUGAUGCGAGAAAGGAGAUAAUGGAUAAAAUGAUCUCGAGUAGACCUAUUCAAAAAACCAUGUUACUUCAAUUGGAACUCGGUAGCUGCUUCACUCAGAGCAAUAUUUACAAAAUGGCUCGAGUGGUCAUGUCAUUGAGAAAUGUGCUCUUUGCAUUUAGUGGCGUUGCUCGUAACCUUCAUUUUGCCAUAGAACAGUUGAGUAAUAGUACAAUUCAGCAUUCCUCAGGAAAUUCAUUCCAGACUUCAUUUUCCAAGCAAGACUUAGUACAUUCAUUGAUUCCUAUUUCCAAAUGGUUUGUCAAGUUUGUGACUUUUUUAAUCCAAGAAGUCAUUUUGUUAAUAAAUGAUCCCCAAGAGCAGUCGAACACUCUAGUGCUUGGUAUAUUCGGCGCAAGAAUGCCUAGGACGCUAAUUUUAUCGAUUCUAAAUGAGAUUAAGAAGGUAACACAACUAGUAACUAAAUUCCCAGAGACCACCUAUCCAGUUCUCAAUGAAUCAUCGAAUUUCCUAAAGAUAGUGCUUGGUGAAUCGCCCGUCAACUUUGAAAAGUUUGAAACUUUCUUGGUUGACGUUAAUAACAAAUUUACCGCCUUUAACGAGCAACAGCCAUCAAGCUCGCGCGAGCCCUCAUUAUUGGUUAAAGCCGAAAUACCUUCAAACGUCUCAAAAAUCGGAGACUUCCUACUGGCAUAUUCGAACAAUGCUGUCAUAUCUCAUGUAAAGGCCAACUCGGUUUACUUUGCCGACACAAGCGGUUUGAGGAUAUCGAACGAUGAGUUCUUUGAGCCCGAGGUAUUUAGGCUCUUACAACCGCUGGAAAAGGGCCUGGUGAUAGACGAUGAAGAUUUCCCAGAAAAGUAUAGAAACUCCAAAUCUUUUUGCCAAGUUGAUUACGAUGCAAUAUCUUAUGACCAUUUGAGCUCAGAAGAACUGAAGGAUGGAAAGUUAAAGAGGUGUUGCAGAUGUGGAUGUGUCACUAGAGCCGGCUACGUCAUAUUUAACAACAAGACCAUAGUCCCCACAAGCAUUCAAACCAAACGAUGGCCCACAAUUUAUGCAAGAAUAUGUAUAUGUUCCGGUUUCCUCUAUGAGCUGGAAACGUGA